GUGACCUUACUGUAUUUCAAAUACAAAGUAAUUGGUUUCAAGAAAAUGCAUAAACAUGCACAUACUAUGGAUACAAUUGUCACUUAUUUUUACGAUUUUAUCGCACAUUAUGUAAUGUCUUUUUAUAUUACAAAUUCCACGUCCAUUACAUUCUUAACCUGGUUUACUCAAUUUACAGUAAAUACCGAAAAUAACAAAAACUACCAAUCAUUUACAAGCAAAGGCGUUGCCCUCAAUGACGUUAAAAGUGAAACACCAAUAAGAAUGUCGUCAACAGACAACUGUACAACACAGGUUUGCUGUUCGACUAAUGCAGUCUCAGUGCCCAUGCGAGGAGGUGUGUUACUGUGCGGAGCGUUAUUUUUUCACAGCUAUACUUUCCUUCAAAUUUCGUCUAUUUACAAUUUACCCGACGUAAAUAUAAACCUAUAAGCUUUAUUUUAUCAAAGCUCGUGCUCAAAGGGUUUAUUAUUAUUGUUGUUGUUGUUGUUGUUAGCUGUUACAUUUUAACCACCGAGAACAUGAAAACAAAAUUUAUUAACGGAGUGUCCUCUUCUCCUUCAAUGUCUUUGGGGUUGCUCGUCAAUGAGAUCCACGUACAGCCGGAUUCUCAGGCCCAAUACAAAGACAUUAGACCAGAGGAACCGGACCUGCAAACUAAACGCAAGGCGCAUCUCUGGUGCAGAGAAUUCUGAAUGAAGAGGAGUUCCAAUCACCAUAAUACGGCUAGUAGUACUGUACUAGGCUCUGCCAAGGUUGGAGUUGUUUACUAGAUCAUUUUACCAUACACUAGAAGAGUCUUAAGCCUUUUUUUCUUUCUUUCUUGGAGCUCUAUACGUAUAGUCACCGUAGUGGCGUAGCUAUAUUACUGUACCAUAUACCUGCCGCUGGGACUGAAGACGCUGCUGUAUUGAAAACAUCUAAAUUUUAUAUAGUCUGAGUCACUCCCCCAUUUGUUGUUGUUAUUUGAAUAAUGAUAAAAUAAUAUACAGUACUGUGUAUACUGUAUCGUUUUGCUCAAUUCUUGCAUGGGAGAAAGAAUAGGCAACUCCCACUUACGCUUGUACAGUAAUACGUAAUUUUCCCGUGUGUAAUUCAUAGAUUUGCUAUCUUUGAAUUGAUUUUGUUAAAUUGCAAGAACACUGUACUAAGCAAUAUCAAGCGUCCGAGUCGGUGGACAGCGAGGAGAAUUCGGUUUGCCUUUUGUUGUAUUCUUAUCAGUAUUAUUUAAUGGGUAUUGAUUCGUUUUAUUUGCCACAGGGGAGGCCUCGGCAACAAGAUUUUCCUUUGCUCUUUGCCAGACACCCUGCAGAGUGUAGACGAUGAAACCAGGAACGUGCUGCAUCGCUUGUAUGGUGCCAUUCUGCAGGCUUUCCCAAGCGAUCGUGCCUAGAGCACACUGGUUUCCAGGUGACAGACACGAUGCACGAUGUCCUGUAAUAAAGGGGAAUCCAAACAGGCUAACAAAGAAAAUCCUUUUCAAAGCCAGAGGUUAGAUACUGAUGAGCUGGGCGUACCUGAGUUGUCUGCAGAGAUAGCUGAGAAAAUGGCCAGAUUCCAUGGAAUGAGGAUGCCAUUUAACAAGGAACCAAAGUGGCUGUUUGGGACGAUGGAGAAGUAUUUAAACCAAGUCAAGAGAAUAAGCUUCACCAGAGAAUCUGACGUAAGGAAAUUUGCCAGACUCAUAAACUACAAUUUACCACUGGAAAUGGAAAACCUAAUGACUUUGCUUAAAUCCACACCUUCCCCUGUGGUUUUCUGUCACAAUGACUGCCAGGAAGGGUCUUUUUCAAGGAUCAAUAUUCACUUACACCUGGGGAUUUGUCAACAUGCAAAUGAUACUGAGACCUGUUAAAGAACCAAGCAUGAAAUCAGUACUCCUGUUCUGUUGUAUUAGUAGAGGUUACCUUGUAGGGUCAUGUACUAUAAACUAUGGUUUCAUUAUCAUAACCAGUUAAUUAAUUAGAUAGCAGCUGUUGACACAUGUUUUCUUAAUAAGAAAUCUGUUGUAUUUUUGUAAAAUCAUUGUAUCAUAUACAGUUCAUGUAAUUGAUACUGUUAAUGCUUUAUAGAUUGCAUUUCAUUA